ACCGCCACCAUGGCGAACUACCUGGCUUCCAUCUUUGGCACAGAGCAGGACAAAGUCAACUGCUCAUUCUACUAUAAAAUCGGCGCCUGCCGUCACGGCGACCGCUGCUCGCGCAAACACGUCAAACCCUCCUACUCGCAAACCAUUCUCCUCCCGAACCUCUACCAAAACCCCGCCUACGACAACAAAUCGCGCAUGACACCCUCCCAACUCCAAAACCACUUCGACGCCUUCUACGACGACUUCUGGUGCGAAAUGUGCAAAUUCGGGGAACUGGAAGAGGUGGUAGUCUGCGACAACAACAACGACCAUCUGAUCGGGAAUGUGUACGCGCGCUUCAAGUACGAGGACGCCGCGCAGAAGGCGUGUGACGAGCUGAACAGUCGGUGGUAUGCGGCGCGGCCGAUUUACUGCGAGUUGAGCCCUGUUACGGACUUCCGCGAAGCGUGCUGCAGACUCAAUAGUGGUGAGGGCUGUGUACGAGGAGGGUUCUGCAAUUUCAUCCAUCGCAAGGAGCCGUCGCCGGAUCUGGAGAAGGAGUUGGAGUUGGCUACGAAGAAGCACUUGCGCAUUCGGGGAAGAGAUGAGAGGAGUGUCACGCGCAGCCCUUCGCCGGAGCCGACUCGGAGGAGGGAGUAGAUGGAUGAGGGAUUGAAAGAAUCAGCAAGAUAGGCGGUGAAGUACCGCGAGGUAUCGCCAGCAGGUGAAGCACAGGCAGGCGCGCAGACUGCUACGAUCGAGCAGGAGACAAGGCGCACAGUCAGAACGCACGCGCAUUCAGGACACAUCUUGAAAC